AUGGAGGCAGAAGUGGGCACCAUGGAGAAAAAGGAUGAAGAAGAAGAUGUCUUCGAAAUCGAUGAUUUCACCGUCAUAACGGAGUUUGAGCACUUUGUAGUAGCCAUUGAAGCACUCAUUCAAGAAUGGGGGCUCGGUUUUUUGAAGUCUUGCUCAUGGCAACAGAAAUCGGCAACUUUGAGUUUCGGUGAAUCCAACAAGCUCAAAGCUACUUAUUGCUAUCCCGAUGUGGCUGAUGAUGUAGUUAAAGAACAAACAAAUUCCGAGUCUGACGGACAUCUUCCGUCGUUUGCUAUCGAUAUGUCAGAUGCCGAAGUAGACUUCAGUUACCACAGUAACAUAACAACCAUGUAUGGUGUGUCCGAAUACAUACUGUUCUCACCGGCCGAUCAAAUAGACGACGCUAUAAUGACUGAGGAUCAGAAGAAUGUAGUUGUCAGUGCAUUUCGUGUUGCACAGCACAGCGUUGACUGUGAGGUUCCGAUGUUCAUACAGUUCGGACACAUUGAUAGACAACUGUUCUUUGGGUCAUCCUGCAAUAAAUCCGUUGUUGCUCAUUACGGAGGUUCGCACUUGAGGAAAGGUCAAAUGCGUCAUAUGCAUCUAAGUGGCUUACUAGAUCUUUUCAAAGAACAUGUCAAAUGUCCCCUCUCACUGCUGGAAACCGACGACAUUCGCGUGUCUAUCCAAUUCGAUUAUAAUAUAAAGUUUCCUGCACUUCCACAGAAGGAAAUUGACGAUUCAUGUGAGACACUAGAUUGCUACAACCUCCCAUUUGGUAGUCGAGAUGAGCCGAUCAGCGAGUUCAAUCUCAUUGCAUCUUGGCCGAAUAUGAAGGAAGAAAUGAUCAACGAAAACGAGUAUCACAGUGACCUCGAUCCACUAAAUGCAUUCAAUUGGUCUGGUUCUGUCGAUUUUCGGUACACGGAAGGAUUACUAGGCUAUGUACUUGCACGUGUAAUUGAUCUCCCAAAGUCAAGGAUUCUUCAGAGAACCAUUCCACUGCUCCGCGUGGCGACAUUCCCACUUACUGACGGCGGUAUCCAAAAUAUUCGAUUUGCUGGUGUUUCCAAUCUUUCUAUAACGAAUCCUGGCGGUUUACCUCUCGAUGAAGUACUGAUGCCAAUUGCAAAGUCGGUAGUUCGUCGUUGCAUGGAUAGAGUAUUUGAAGUGGCAGAUGAUAAUGAAGAUAUAGACGUGAGUGGAAGCUUCAGUCAACCUUUAAAGAGCACCCCCGGCAGUGCUGUCAGGAGCAGUCCGGCAACGCUUCGACAAAAUAAGUGGACUCCACCUGAUUCGUUGACAUGGCGUUUUGCGAUGUCUUUCGCGAAUGCCUCUGUUGAUUACGAUUUUGGACCGCAUGGAUUUGCUCAAGUAUGGCUCGAGUUCGUGAAACGACUGCGCACCUAUUACGACAGUACAAAAGACUUACCAGGACUGGGUAAUGUUACGCAACCAAAUCUGUCUCAUUGCCUUCUACAUCAGAAAAUCCAGAUGCUCCAAUGCUGUAUUUCUGCGAAGAGAAGACGGCAUGAAUUAUAUGAUAACACCAAAGAUUUUGGCGGAGACGAGUUUUUCGAUGCUCAGUCAGAUCAAUCUGAUGCGGAUUCUUCGAGUACCGGCUCAAGAAAAAGUUCGGCAAUAACUCGUCAAAGGCCAGCAAGCCUUCGUCGAUUCAGGAACCUUCUGGACGUCUUCAUCCUUUUGGAGAAAUGCGAUUGCUCAAACACAAAGGACACACCACUUUACGAUCGUAGCCCAAUGACGGAAGACAUGGUUGAUGAAUAUGCAAACUAUCUUUCAUCAUUGGACGACGGAGAAGCGAGAGUUCGAGCACAGUUGGACGUCCUUUGCAGUGACAUGCAAGCAUUUAAGGCUGCUAAUCCAAAGUGUUGCUUAGAAGAUUUUAUCCGAUGGCAUUCACCCAAGGACUGGAUAGAGGAGGAAGAAUGCUUGUCAGAAAGGAUGCAACUCCCUGACAAUACUUGGGUAAAAUGUUGGAAUGAAGCCAUGCCAAUUCCUGUGAUAAAUCAAGCACGCUUGUUCAAUGAAUCGAAGAUAGCUGAGGAGAUUCUAUCGCUACUGGAGAAUGCAACGGUUCAACAGAUGGUGGAUUUUAUUCGCCCGGUUCUGUUCGUUGCAGCUGUUGUCCAAGUUGUUCAAAGAGGAAAAUGUGUGAGAAAUCUACUCAACAAAGAGGUUUUGGCUGAUUCAGUGUAUCGCGCUAAUCGAAGUGGAUCUCGUAUUCGAGUCUUCACAGCAAAGCUACGAGUCUUUGAGCACAUAGGUAACUUGAUAGAGCCACCAACGGAAGACGACCUCUUCAGUUUUAUAACAUCUCUUAUUGAGGACGCUUCAGCUAAAAGGGAAUCUAUCGAGCGGAACGUUAUCUCUCGGGGCGUCCCUAUUUUUGGUGCAUCUGAUGGACCACUCGGUAACGCCGUUCGAAUCAUGAUGGAACGAGACGAUGUAACGGGUGGAAAAUUACCCGCCCCAUCGCGAAGACAGUACAUCAUAAGGUGGACGGUGCCACGACCAUCAGCGUGCAGUCGUCUGGUACCUCAACGCUUAUUUGCUUCGAUUGAGCAGGACGAAUUUCGGUUAUGUGGUGCUUUUGCUGAAGACUCUCAUCCGGAAAGUUUGAGAAUUCGACGUCAACGUGAUAAGAGCGAAUUCGUUCGUGGCUCUUUGGGGACACGACCUAUGGAAAUGGAUUCUCCAUGUUUCACAUCUACGGGCGGGAUUUGA